AUGGAUUCUGAUAACUUAACAAAACAAAUAGAAGAAGUGGAAGCUUUAAGUUCAAUUUAUGGUGAAGAUUGGACAACAGAAAGCGAAUCGAACAGGUCCUAUAACAUAAAAAUAAAAGAAAAUGAUCGUGAAGUUAUAUUGUAUGUAACUAUGCCGCCUGACUAUCCCGGCCAAGCGCCACCGAAAUAUGAAUUAUCCGCUCCAUGGAUGGAUAGAAGAGAAAAAGAAAAACUACAUAUAAGCCUAGAUGAAGUUUACUUAGAAAAUAUUGGUGAGACUGUAAUAUAUCAAUGGGUGGAAAAAAUAAGAGAAACUUUACAGAAAAUAAAGCCUAAAGAAACUCCUAAGAAAAUUAGCAAUAAUAUUACUGUUGAUGAAGUACUAGACUUGGCAUCGUUGGAAAUAAAUUGUCCAGAAAUAACUCAUGGUGAAGUUAUCGUAGAUAGAAAGAGUUCAUUUCAAGGUCAUGCAGCUGAAGUGCACAGUGUUGAUGAUGUUAAUGCAGUCUUGGCAAAAUUAAAGCAAAACAAAAAAAUCUUAAAUGCCACACACAAUAUGUAUGCUUAUCGUAUUGAAAGGAAGACAGAAAAGGGUACUUCCAUGCUUCAAGACUGUGAUGAUGAUGGAGAAACACAUGCUGGUGGCAGAAUGCUACAUUUACUCCAAAUAUUAGACCAAAAAAAUACUUUGGUUGUGGUCUCAAGAUGGUAUGGUGGUAUUCAACUUGGUCCAGACAGAUUUCGCCAUAUAAACAAUGCAACCAGACAAGUUAUACAACAAGCUGGCCUUUUGAAGAAAUGA